UAUCUUUCUAGCACACGCUCAUUUAGAGACAUGUAUUCAAUUAACUAUCUCCUAGUUGGUGUACUUUUCUGCGGAGCUUUUGCCGCAGAACUGAAAACCUUCGAGGUCUCAGAAGUUGAUGCCGGUGGCGACGCGUCCGGUCGUAUCGUGGGCGGUAGACUUGCGCCAGACGGUGCUUGUCCCUACCAAAUAUCUCUGCAGCUAACAAAGCCAAAAAACUUACAUACCUGUGGCGGUGCCAUAAUCGCUGACAGAUGGGUCCUCACUGCUGCGAGGUGUCUCGAUGAGAAAUCUCCAAGUGAUUUGGUCGUUUUGGCGGGAACCAACUCAAAAACUAAGGGAGGCACUAGAUACAAAAUUGACAAAAUCUUAAAACAUGAAAAAUACACAUCGAAUCGCAGUAUACAUGAUAUUGCUUUGUUGAGAACUGCUGAGAAGAUUAAAUUUACAGACAAAGUUAAACCCAUCGAAGUAGCAACCGAAGACCCCAAACCAGGAGAAAAGUGUAAAUUAAGUGGUUGGGGAUACACUUCUUAUAUUGGUAACUACGUCCCCGACAAAUUGGUAUGGUUGGACGCAAAAGUUAUAUCUGAGAAAAAUUGUAAAACUACAUUUUUGCGAAACUUUGAAAAGACUAACCCUAUUACUCCUAACCACAUCUGUAUUUUCAACAAGAAAGGUGAAGGCGGUUGUUACGGUGAUUUUGGUGGAUCAUUGGUGUGCAACAACAAAUCAUGUGGUGUUUUUUCGUGGGUUUUUCCAUGUGCCAAAGGCCAGCCUGCUAUCUUCACGAGAACCAGUAAAUACACCUCUUGGAUUAAGGACACCAUGGAUGCCAAUAAGCCUUAACUAUAUUUUUGGUGAUAAAAUAAAUAAAAUCCCCCCCUCCUCCCCUAUAGUGCUUACUCCCCUAUACUUGAACGGCCCCAUAUUACGAAAUACCAAUAUUCGAUUCCUUGUGUUUUCUUAAAUAAAUAAAAUAAAAAUAA